UGUUGUGAGGGGAAAUUGUUGAAGAUGGGGGAAAAUUCACCCCCUCUUCCAAGAGGGUCUUACAAUUUUAACUUUGAUGACUUUGAUGAAAACACAAAUCCGUUUGAAACUAAAACAAAAGUGGAACAGUUAGACAAUGAUCUCCCAGUCGAUCCAUUUAAACCUAGUAAAUCAUUAAGUCUGUCUCCAACGACAUCAAACAACAAUAUACAUGACACUGUGAAUAAAGAAUUGGAUCUAGUCAAACAUGCAACAGAGCCAGUCAAGACCGGGAACAAGAUCCCUAGGUCACCAGUUCAAUCUCCAAAUAUGUCUGGUGACCAACAAGUUAUGCAAGUACAAGAUUCUUCACCAGCUCAACCUGAAUCAUUAUCGCAAACACAAGAAUCUCCCUCUCCUCCAGAGGAAUCGCCAAAACCUCAAAGUCAAAAGAAACCAGCAAUAAGGAAAGGAAUAAAGAAGCCAAAGUUUAAGUCAAAAUUGAAACCUCCACCAAACUUUGGAGCACAGAGUGAUGAAAUUGAAAUCUUUGCUCCCCCACCAGUAGAAACUGAACAGCCAGAAACAACAGCCAAUGAAAAUUCCCCACCUAAACAUGACAAUACUGCUGAAAGUAGUGCCAUUGAAAAUAUUAAAAAUACUCCAGUUAUAUCACAUGACAAGACUGCUGAUCCUUUUGUUGAGGAUGAACCACAUGAUGUAUCACAUGAUAUGAAUGUAAAAAAUAAAUCUUUAUUACUAGAAUCCAAUGAUUUAGGUCCAGAAAUGGCACGAAGUUUAGAAAUGGUUCAUGACUUUGGAGCGAAUGAAAUGCCAUAUGAAGAAAACGAAGGAAUUUCUCCAGCACCAGAAGGGUUCAGUGAUUCAGUAGGUUUGGAUAUAGCUGGCGAUGCUCAGAUAAAUUCAGUGUAUCUUGCUGGUAAUGCCAAUGUAGAACAAGCUCCAAAAUCAUCAGGAAAUAGUUUCUUAAGAUCAUUGUUGAAUCAUGUUACCAAAAGAGGUUUAAAAUUUGGAAAAGACGAAAGGAAAGAUGAGGAUUUAACACAGGAUGGUAAUGAACAAACCUUAAUGACAACCCCUACCAAUAAAACCACAUCCCGUGUUCCCAAGCACCCUGCUACACGGGUCUUGGAGGGCGAGGUGGAGAAGUUGGAGAGGACUUAUGGUGAAGAAGGUGAAGAUCUGCAGUAUUUCGAUGCUUAUGAAUUUCCUCCUUCUAUCAGCGACUCCUCCAGGGUGAAAAAGAAUGGCUUGAGAGACAGAAUGGACAAUAAGGAGACAGUAGUACAACUUGUACAGGGCGAUGCUGGAAAUCAGGUGCUGAAAUACUCCCAGUCAGACUGGAACAAAAUGAAACAAGAACUAGAACUUGACUUCCAGACUAGGCUGCUGAAUAAAGAAAGAGAAUGGGGUAAAAGGCUAGCUGAUAAAGAAAAGACUACUUUACACUUACGAGAGGAGACUAAAAUCUUAAAGCAGUCUAAUGAUGAUAUGAGGGCUAUUGUAACAGAAUUUGAGAAAACUAUCUCCCAGUUACAAGCCGAGACAGAAAAGACUUCAAGCGAUUCUCAGAAUAGCAUGGAAGACAUAAUUAAGGAAAGGGAUCAGGCAAUAGACGAUCUCCAGGGUGUAGAAAUGGCUUUCUCAGAUUUACACAGAAGAUACGAAAAGACAAAAUCUGUUGUAGAAGGCUUUAAAAAGAAUGAAGAAGUUUUGAAGAAAUGUAUAGAAGACUAUCAGUCAAAGCUGAAGAAAUCAGAAGAAAAACUUCAAAUUAUCAAACAACAAGCUGAAGAAAAAUUAGAUAUAGCAAAUAUAGAAAUGGAUAAGUUACGGAAAUCAACUUCCUCUGAUAUGGCUCGGUUGGAGGCAGCAAUGAGAAAGGCUGAUUUACAGGUUGUUAGUCUACAUAAUUCUUUAGAACAAAAGGUUAAAGAAAAUGAAGAAUUAACUGCAAUAUGUGAUGAACUUAUAUCUAAAGUAGGGUCAGAUUGAUGUUAAUAGAAUGUACAGGUUUUUUUUAUAGCUAUGAUCCAUAUCUCGUGUGUCAGAGAGAGACAUUUGCAUGCUGCACAAAAAUAUAUUUAAGUUGAGAAAAAUAACAAAUGAAAUCAAUAGUUAAAUUUCAUUGCUUUUUGUAAUAUAAGCCUUGUGAAGUUUUGCAUUGGUAUAUAGAGCAAAUUAGUAAUCAGUUAUUAAAAAAAAAAACAGACAGAAAAAAUAAAAAGAUUAAAUUCAAACUUGUUAUUAGAAAUACGGUUCUUGGUCCUUAAGGGACUUUUAAGAAUUAGAUUUAUUACAUGUGUGCAUUUUGGACCACUGGUCAGUUUUGAAUAUAAGCUUUGAUUUUUCUUUAUGUGUUUUAUAGAGAAUGCAUUAAAUGUUGGAAUAUUUGCAUCAAAUUGAUUUUAAAUACAUUUUUGUGUGGCAAUGAUUGUUACUUUUAAUUCAAACAUGUAUUUCAAAUUUAAUUUCAACAGAAAUUUAAGCAACUCUGAAUACUGGUACUGUAUGAUAAACAUAACGUAGAAUUGUUUUUGAUAAACUCCAAAAAUGUGAAAAAAAAAUAUAGGCAGAUAUUUUCUCAAAAUGAUUAUAUCAAAGGGAGGUAAUAAUUAGUCUAUUGAAAAUAUCAAUUAUCCCCCUUGGUAACUAUUUUUUAUUUGAUUCAUUCUUAAAUUGAAGCACUCUGCUGAAUUAAUUGUAUGUGCAGUGGCAUUUUAUAAUGAAGUAUAAUUGUCAAUGAAUGAAAAUGAGAAUUAAGAUCAUACAUGUAUUUUUAUCUACUUAAAGUGCAAACUUCUGAUCACAUAGCUUGCGUGCAAAAUCCAUAUGUGUUCCAAAGCUUAUGCAGCAAAUAUUUGUAUAUGUAGUCCAUUCUACUAUUGAACAAUGGCUGAUUAUUGUAGAAUUACUUCAUAAUUGUAGAUGGUUAGACUUUUAGUUGUAAAAUUAAAAAUUUCAUCAUCAGAGUUAGCUCAUAUCUGAACAAAAACUAUCCAAGGUCUUGUUGCUUAUGAUGACUGUUCAAAGGUCAUAGGCAGAACAAUGUUUUGUUUUAACAUACAAAAGUAGAAAUGAGAUUGAAAUAUUUGUUUUCAUUUAUGCAAAUAUCUUUUAAAGACAUAAGUGAUCACAAAAUUGCUUCAGACUUAUCUAUAUUUUCAUGUAGCUUUUCAUUUUAAAAAAAUGUCAUCAAGAGCUGUUCAACAAAUGUUACAUGUUGAAAUCAAGAUUGAUUAUAGGUACUAGCUUGAUGCAGUUGGUUUUAUGUUAAAUUUGCCUGAGGAAUUUCAGUUUCAAGUGCUAUCAGUUAUAAAAAUGAUAGGCUUAUCAGUUGCAAAUAAAAUGUAUUUAAGUACAAGCACCUCCUGAUCACUUCUGAAUAACCAGAUAUGGCUUUUGGCUUAUGCUUCUUAUAAUCGGAUAUACACCUUUUAAAAAAUAAUUGUGCCAUUUUAAAACGUUAUUUAAUCUUUUUUGUCAUAUUACAAUUUUGAACAAAAUAUGGAUAUUUGCAAAUAUAAAUAAGUAAAUGUGUUAUUUGUUAUUUGUUAUAUUUCAACUGUCGUAAGUUCUUAGAUAUUACCACAUUUUUGUCAUAUCAUCAUGUGUUGCAUCAUUGCUAUUUUUAACUUGUUUUGUAAAAACAGAUUGAAAUUUUAAUAUUUUGUAUGUGUAAGAAGUUAUAAUAUUAAAAUAUUUAUUUAUAAUAUACAUAUUAGUAUGGUUAGUUGUUCAUGUUUUACUUAGCCAUGACAUUGAUCAACAGAAAUUGAACAAAGAAUAUAAAAGUCAUGUCAAGCAUUUUAAAUGAGCUUUACAUCAAUAUAUUUCUAUGUACCACAAAGAAUCCUUCAAAAUAUAUUAAAAAUUUGUGAUUUAACAAAAAAAAAUCUGCCAUAUUAAAUGUUAUUUUCAAAUUGGUUAUUUUAAUUGUAUAGCUUUAUUGGAUUGUGAAUUUUGAUAACAUUAAGACAAAAAGGGGGGAUUAUGAAUUAACUAUAUGUAAAACAAAAAAAAAUGUCUCAAUGCUGUCUCUGUUUGGUAUAAAAUGUCUGUUACCUUGAGAAGAAAUGCUGAAAAUCUUCCUUAGAUAUACUAGUUCAAGGUCAAAUUAAUGAUUUAAUAUACAAAUUUAAAACAAUUUGUGCUAUGAAGAGAACCAAUUACUUUAAUGUAUGUAAAGGAGGUUGACUUAAUCAGUGAAAUUGAAAACUAGACUGUAUUAGAUACAUACAUUAACUUCUCAUUAAUAAAGUCUGCUAUAUUAUCCUUAUGAAAAGGUUUAAUGAUACCUGGUUUUUUUUCUGUUGUCCACUGUAUAUUGCUAAAAAAGUUGUAUAUUACUGGUUUCCAGUUAGUGAUGAGCUUAUAGAUGAGGGGUACCAGAUUUAACUGUAAAUAGUUGAACCUCUAUAAAGGAAAAUGUCUGUUAUGAAAAUGCAAUUGACAGUACAGAGUUUUUAUACCAACAACUGAAUUAUUAUUUAAGUCCUUAUAAAUUUUGUCCCUCAUAACAUUAGUUACCUGAACAAUUGUACCCGGAUUGAAAUGAAUGAUUUUAUUGCACUGUAAACCAUUUAGCAGACGUUAAUUGGUUUGAAUAAAAUGAGCUUGAGUAGACAGAAAUAGAUAUUGAUGUAAACAUUGUUAUGGUGAUCUCAGUAGUGAUAUUUUGUUUGUGUUAGGGUUUUGACAAUUGUGCAUGGUAGUGAUAUUUUGUUUACAUUAGGGUUUACACAUUGUGCAUGUUUAUGUUAGCGUUAAGACAUUGUGCAUGUUUUAUUGAUUUGACCAUGUCCAUGUUAUUGUACAGUUUUGAUACAAUGAAGCCUUUUGUGAUAAAUGUGUAAGUGACCAAUGAUGUACCUCAUUUAAACAAAUUACUUAUUUUCUGUGUCAUUCAUCAACCAUACAUAUUGAUAUCAGAAUUGUUGGUUUUAUUGUCAAUACUGGCUUACCAUAUACUUAGAUUUGUGCAACUCAUAGAAUAUAUAUGGACUAAUAUAUGAGCUGUAUGAUUUCUUAGCUGUUGAAAUCAACAUAAAAUUGAAUCUGAUGACUUGACUGGUUUCCACCUGAGCAUUUGGAUUUCAGUAGGUUUCAGUUUUAAAAAAUCGCUUGUCUAAUACUGUGGAUUCAUUUUUAUUCGUGGGGUACCAAAUUUUGUGGAUUUCAUGAGUACAUGUAAGUUAACCAUAAAUUUAAAUGUUCCAAAGAACUAUAAAUUUUCUUGUGAUCAAACUGUGGCAAAACCAUGAAAUCAAAUAUCUUCUAAGAUGUUACUUUUCCUCAAUCCACAAAAAUUGGUACCAACAAAAAUACACGAAUCUACAGUAGAUUUGAUUGGUCAGAAAUUAAGUAUAUGGUAUGUAAGUAUCCACUAUAAUACCAAGCUUCACAUAUAAGUAUAUUGUAUCUUGAAUAAUUUUGACAUGUAAGAGUAUAUAUGUAAUACAAUUUUUACGUUUUCAGUAGAGAAAUCAAAUUUAAAUAUGCUUAUAUUGAACUGCUUUUAAUUUUUUAUAUGAAAAAAAAUGCUGAAUUUUAUUAUAUUUUAAAAGUUCUUAACAGAUUCUAUUUAGUACUAAUUAAACUAAGAAUUAGAAAUGAACACACUUUCUUUUUAAUUUCAUGGUUUUUGUGUUAUUUGGCAGUGAGCAUGGUAAAAACAUUUUUUUUUAAAUUUUAGGAAUUUAGAUUUUUUUUAAUAAGAAAACCAAAAUAUGUUGUUCAUUUAUGACUACAUGUGUCAAAGAAGGGUUGUUUUUUUUUUUAAAAAGGAAACCUUAAUUUUAACUGACAAUAGUAAAGUCAAUGUCAGUGUAUUGUAUACUGUCCAAUCAGCUUUUUCAAUAUGUAUGAACUUUUUAAUGUACCUUAAAUUUUGAAGUAUCUAGGUAUGGCAUUCUGUGUUGUAUAAGAAGUGCUAAAAGACUGGGAUUAAUAUUUAUCAUUCUGUUUAUAAUUCAGUGAUUAUGUUCAGAUUAUAUUGUUAAAGCUUGA